GCGCGCCCGCCAUGCCGCUCUCUGCUGAGGCUAUGGCUGCCCGGUCCGACCUCGGCUACCACCAUGGCCAUGAUUACAGCGCUGGUCACGACCAAGACCACGUCGACCACGACGACCACGUCGACGACCGCAUCGACUACGCCGACCGCGUUGACUGGCAGAAGGAACACGAGUGUCAUGUCCUAGCGGAGGACCCGGAGGAGGACCGGGAGAGCCAGCCGAAGGAGGAUUGUAAUCAUGACGAGGUAGCCCAUGUAGGCCAGGAGGACGAGGUGGAGGACCAAGAGCAGGACCAGUCCGAGGCCAGGAAGGAUCAGGACGAGGAGGACCAGGCCGAAGACAUGACAGGACAGGUGCAGGCGACAGACGACUACGACAAUGCCCAUGAGGAUUUCGCGUCACUGUCCACGGACGCGUCCAUCGUGGAGCACUGCGCGAUCUCCGACAGGGGUUUCCAGAUCUUCGUGGUGUACCUCGCGGUCAUCGUGAAGCACUUCAAGGUCUUCAGCAUCAGUGUCACGAUCCUCGUGGUUUGCGCGAUCUUCGGGGAACUUCUCAAGAUCUCCGGAGAACUUGCCGCGAUCGUCGGCACGAGCACCAUGAUCUUCCACGACAACCGCAAGGACUUCCACGAGGACUUCCACGACGACCACGAGGAACCUCACACCGACCAUGAGGACUUCCACAAAGACCGCGGGAGCAUGCCGAUUUUUACAAAGACCCUCACGGGGGGGACAAUUAGAUUCAACGUGGAGGCCAGCUAUUCCAUCAACACCGUGAAGAAGAUUAUCCAGGACAUUGAGGGCAUUCCCCCAGACCAGCAACGGCUGAUGGAUUCCAAUAAGCAGCUAGAGGACACCCGCACGCUCACGGAUUACAACAUCCAGAGGUAUGCCACGCUGCAUUUGGUGGCCCGCCUCCGAGGGGGUGGACCAGCCACCCUGCUCACGGGGAUCCCUGACGACGUCGCACCGACCGACCCGAUGGCUUCUCGCGGGAGCUCUUCCGCGUCGCUCGCACCCACUGCGCCGCCAGUGGACCCGUCGCAGACAUCCAGCGGCGGCCCGGCCACUAUGCAGGUGGAUGCCGGCGACUCUCAAUCUGGCCUCUCUCAGGGCCUGGUUGGCGUCCACAUCGACAUCCAGCUGGCCUCUGUCGUUGCUGGCGCCAUCGCUACCCUCCCAGGUUUGUCCAGCACUGGCCUCAUCCCCGACGCGUCCUUGCAGGACUUCGUGGAGGACGAAAUCGCACGGCACAUGGGGCUCGUGCGGGCCAGCAGCCAGACGCGGCCGACGGAUCAGCAGAACGUCGAGAUUAAGAUUCUUGCCAAGUGUGAUGACCUCCACUCCAUCCUCCUCAAGCUCGCUUUCAACCAUCAGGCCACCGACCCCUGGCACAUCUUGGGGUUCGGCCCACUCGACGGCCCUGAGCCCACGGAGCAUUGCAUAGUCUCGCGCACUACGACGGUGAUUACCCUCUGCUCCUUAGGCCAGAGCGCCGAUUGGGACAACUCGGACAAGGCGCUCGCAGAGGCCGCGACUACGGCAUUCUGGACGGCUGGAGAACGCUGCGAGGAGCAACUGCACGAGGUCCUCCGCCAGCGACGGCGUUUACGUCCCUCGCAGCUCCCACGGUGGAAGGAGCUCGGCGCCGCGGCUCAUCAGGCUGCACGAAACACCCCUGCGUGCAACGGUGCGGAGAUGGCCACCCAGUGGUCCAAAUUGCUGGCCGACGCUGGCACUGACCACAGUACCGUCGUCAAGCAACACCGCGACCUGGCCGCUCUCCUCGAGAAGGGCGACAGCCGCGCAUUAGCGGCCAUGGGGGGCCGUCGUAUUGUGGCGUGGGCCCCGACAGACCAGCUCACUGAUGAGGUCUUCGAUCUGUGGUGGCACCCUCUCCUUGGUGGAGCCGCGUCGGUGGUCGCUUUGGCGAAGCAUGUUGAUUUGAUUAUCCAGCCGGUGGAGUGCAUCUUGCCCGGCCAUGCGGCUCCACGCCACGUGCGUCAAGGCCUUGCACGUUUCACCAUCUGCACAGAGGGUCCGCGCGGCAACCCGACGGUGCACACGCCGCUCACCCCGUUGCUCGCCCUCCCCGCGGUGAACUCCCUCUGGAUCGACCUUCCCACGGACUCCCUCCCCGCCCUCAUGCGCGACCUCCACGGCACCGAGAUCCAGAACUACGCUUUGACAUUCCGACCGAGAGGGGUUUCGCGUAGCCCAGGGAGUUCCCCAGCAGUUCGCCGCAGCAUGGUCAAGGUGCUCCUGCCGAGCUCCACGUCGGAGGCCAAUGUCUUUCUGGUUAUCCGGUUUUUGCGGCGCCGGGCGAUGACGGCGAACAUGUGCACAGGUCACCGGGACUUGUACACGUCGCCUGACGCGUUGAUCAUGGAGUGCAGUGGCCCGCUGGCGCUGUGCAAGGCGUGGCCGUUGUGCUCGCAGGCAGUCUUCUUGUCCACUGACCGCAUGCCCAUCUUCUCUGCCGCCUCGGAGGAGUCCUGGAAGCCUAUUCUUGACCAGUCACUCGCGGAGGACACCGAGCAGGCGAUCACCAAGAUCAAGUGGAAGCCCAGUCGCUUCGGAGGAGACAUGGCGGAUCACGUCGCGGAGUUCACCAUCGUUGGCGAAACGGGCGACAACGGGAGCACGGUGUUGAGAUCCUUGAUGAAUCACGUCACCUCGGCCACAGGGCUGGCUAUCAGCCAGGCGCCUGCUGGGCAGGCCCCCGUGCCAGGCCAGUGGAUCGACGCGGCGGCCAGCGGCGCUACUGCCCCUCGUGGGCGCGCGCGGCUUUUCUUGCAGUCCGCGGAGGAGGCGCAGAAGGUCCACCGCGCACUCCAUGGGCACGUUCUCCAGGUCGGCACCGACCACCUGUCCAUCACGGUGUCGAACGACGUGGCCGCACCCCGUG